AUGUCGCAGACAGGUGAUGCUGCUGCUCAUGCUGUGAUGCAUGCUUUUCUCCCCUCCGCCUGUGUUCGCUUCGCCCCACCCGCCCGCCGUGCUGCAGGUGGCGCUGAGUGUGGCGAGGGCGCGCAUGGAGGGCUUCCAGCAGCAGGGUGGCAUCAUAGUGGUGGGGUCGGAGAUUUACAACCUGCUCUUCCUGCACAAGGUGCCCUCACCUGCUUCUCACCUGCUUAUCACCUGCUCCUCACCUGCUUCUCACAUGCUUCUCACCUGCUUCUCACAUGCUUCUCACCUGCUUCUCACAUGCCCCUCACAUUCCCCUCACAUGCCCCUCACCUGCCCCUCACAUGCCCCUCACUCACAUGCCCCUCACUUGCCCCUCACCUCAACCUCACCUCGUUAUGCUUGCCCCUCACGUGUGGGCAUUACACGGUUACCAGCCUCCCUCACCGCUAUCUCUCUCUCUCGUGCCUGCAGAACAAGGAUACUGGUGACGAGCCGGAUGUGCGCGACAUCAUUGCUGCUGCCCGCCAACCCCUGCCGUGA